UUAGUCGUUCAUAGGAGUUGAUUUAAUUGAGCCUCGAUUUCAAUACUCAUUGAUUAGUGCGUCUUCCGCGUGUGUUCGGCCAGAAACAAACGAUCUGCACAACAAUGAAAUUAAUUAGAAGAACGUUCCGGCAAAGGAUCAAUUGUGUACUUUUCAGUUUAGUUUUGGUGAUAGUAUGUCUCCUGUUUUUGAGUUUUCUUAGAGCGGUGCGAUAUUCAUUACAAUUACGGAUCCAAGCACACCGGAAGGACAUAUAUGACACCCAAAUAAAAAUUAGCAAACUAACACUAAUGGGUCAAACAAUAGAAAAUGAUAUUACCGUCAUAUCAAACUCCCUAAGGAAGGGGCUAACAAAAGAGGAAAUUCUCGAACCUUACCGAAUGCCAAAUCAUAAUGCGGAAACAAUUAUCCAGUCAUCUCGUUUCGAAAUGAAUCUGAAAUCUCCCAAAGCUUAUCAGAUACUACCUCACUUAAGUGAUAAUCCCAAGGCAUUAUAUCCUUCACUCCUCCUUUCAAAAGGCAGGUCAAAUGUUACUUUUGCAAUGGGUGUUCCGACAAUCAAAAGAUCUAAGAAAUCAUACCUCAAAGAAACUCUCCAAAAUAUUAUCUCGAAUAUGAAUGAAAGGGAAAGGCAGGAUACAGUAAUCAUAGUGUUUAUCGGAGAAAUGAAGCUGUCUGAAGUAAGUUCUGUUGCACUCGAAGUUCAAGAGGAGUUUUCGGACUACAUCUCCGAGGGCCUUGUUGAAAUCAUUGCUCCCGAUCCAUCCUAUUAUCCGGAUCUAAACAAACUGCGGUUGACGCUGAAUAAUAAGCUGGAACGUGUCAAGUGGAGGUCCAAACAAAAUUUGGAUUAUGCUUAUUUGAUGACCUAUGCUUACCCGAAGGCCCAAUACUAUGUUCAGCUGGAAGACGAUAUCAUCACAUUGCCUGGAUUUAUUACGUCGAUGAAGAAUGCUAUCCAUCACACCAACGUUCCGUGGUAUGUCCUUGAUUUCUGCGAACUCGGUUUUAUUGGAAAACUUUUCAAAUCCUUCGAUCUGCCCUACUUAAUCACCUUUUUUCAGAUGUUUUUCAACGACAAGCCUGUUGACUGGCUUCUCGACCACUUCAUCGAUACAAUCACUUGUAACCUAGAAAAAGACCCGACAUUUUGCAAAACAAACAAGGAGAAAUUUUGGAUCCAUUCGAAACCGUCACUUUUCCAACAUGUUGGAAAGUAUUCGUCAUUUUCGGGAAAGCUGCAAAGAUUGAAGGACAAGUACUUUGGUAACCUCAAUGGGAACCUAAAUCCGUAUGCGACUGUGAAAUCAUCUAUAAGAACUUAUGGAGACUCUGACUUGGAUAAAACCUACAACGGUGAGGGUCUUUUUUGGGGACUACCACCAAAAGCUGGUGACCAGCUGCAGUUUACGUUCAAGAAACCAGUGGUAGUUAAAAAAUUCCUGUUUAUCAGUGAAAAUUGCACCUUAAGUCCGAACUGUUUCUCUGACACUUCAGUAGAAGUGCUGCCUCAGGCAAUAAAGAAGGACUUCCCAAAAUUAAAGCUAAGAAAUCGAACGGAUGAUGGGUACUUUAUUGUUGGAGGCUUUGAUUCAACUGGAGUUGCUCAAGGUUCGGUGGAUCCAGUCAUGGGUAAAAUCAAGGAAUUGAGGUUGCAUGUUCGAAAAGCAAUACCUCAUUCUGUUAUGCUGAAGGAGAUAAAAAUCGAAAUCUAACUGUGAUUGAAUCAUCUGUAUUUAUUUAAAAUAAUUAUAAGAAUAAAUAAUGAACAUUUUC